UAUAGUAAUCCAUGAGAGAGAGAGAGAGAAAUAUUGUAGUGAGAUUAGGUGAGUUGUUAUAAUACAAUGUAGUUAAGACAUGACUUUCAAAGAAUGACAGCAAUGGCCCUUUCAAUAUAACACCCUUUGACUGUCUUAGAGCAAACAGCCACUCUCCAACCUCUCUGCCACUUCUUUUCUGAUCUUAUUCCAAAUUAACUCUCUCACACAUCUGAAAAUUACACACAUAGAAAGAGUAGAUGGAGGGGCUUAUUCCAUUUCUGUAUAGAACAAUAGCGCAGUACAAAACUGGAGGACAAGGGGUUCUAUCGCCAUCUGCCUCUUACAUGAGACUUCCCGGUGAGUCAGGGCGGUUUUCGGCUUCUGAAGUCCAGAUUGUCCGGCCAGAUUGUGGGUUCUCCGCCUGUUCACCACCACCCUCCGCCGGCAAAAGGGAUGCUUCCUCCGUGAAUCAGCCAUCAGGGCUACACCAUCUGAUGAAUUCCUGCCGUGCUGUGAAGUGAUGAUUGAGAGAUGGAUGUACGCGACUGUCAACUUGUCAGGUGGUCGUUUUAUAAUUGAAAUAAGCAAUUUUUUUUUUUUUUUCCCUAAUGAAUGAAUUAUAGUCUGUAUUUGUGCUUCAAACAUUGUUUGUUGUGUGUGCUGUGUGGAAAACCGGAAAGGGUCCACAUACAUGCAACUGUAAUUUGUAGAACGUGAAAGUGUACAUGGUAUGUUUUGUGUAUUGGCUCUGGAAUGAGAAGAAAAUUACGUGUGUUGUGUGGUUUGAGAUUCA